UGCCUCUUGUUGCCUCCUGCCUCUUGCCUCUUUCCCCUCCCACUGUGCCUGCCAACAUCAGCUCGCCCUCUCGCUCUCUCUCGCUCUCGGUUUUCGUUCUCACCAUCUCUCUCUCGCCCUCGCACUCGCCCUCGCAUCGUCGAACCAGAAUCCUGCCUGUGCCUCCUCCAUCCUCGUAAUCUCUCCUCUGACUUCGCCCGGCGAAACGCCGUGUCAAUCCAUCACAAGGUCUCGCAUUCCAUCAUCCAACCACAAAUGAAUGUCGGCCCAGCUAGCUGCUUCCAAGGCCCAAUCCGGUUUCCAUAUUUGUGUCAGUCGACCUUGUCAUGAUUCAACCUUAGUUGCACCACACCUCUUACCAACACUUUUUAUGUCUUUGUUGCUUCACUCUCCUCCUUCACUCUUUAUAGGCAGCCCGGCUAUCUGAGACUGUGAUACGCUUGCAUCUCCGCUUGCCGUCUCUCAGAUGCCCAAUUUUAGGCAGCUUCUUCACAGGUUGUCAACCUCCCAUGAGUGACGCUUGCUGAAGUUAAGUCUCGACUGACCACCAGACUUGCGGCUCUGACACUGGCCCUGGCUCUGACUCUGGCGCCCUUGCUGUCCAUAAUAACCAAAUCUGAGCACGACUUAACUGCCUCGUAUUCUAUUUAGCCCUGGCCGUCUUCGACCACACUACCAACUUCAAUUUCUGUUUGCACUCAGCCUGUGGGAGACCGCUACGCCUACCCCAACCCCAACCACAGAAGAUGGAUUACCGCCAGACUCCCAUCACCUCAUCCCCUCCAUUAUAUGAUAGUAACAGCCCUCCGAGGACUCACGGCCGAUCUGAGAGGGAUGCCGACAUCCCCGAUGACCACAAAUUCAAAAGACGUCGAAUUGAUCCUCGUCACCCCUCUUCUGACCUCACCCCAACCUCUCGUGGUUACAGCCUCAAUCAUACCUCACUGCCUUUUAACUUUCCGACUUACAUCCCCCACCACCGACCUUCACCUUCAUCAUUCCAUUUAACUCCUCGAGAUGCUCUCACUCCCAUGACUUCCGAACAGCCUCUUCUCUGGGAUGAAGACUCGGCCUUGACCUACCUCGCAUCAGGAUUUCCCAGAGACCUCAUGGCUCAAUCAGGAUCCCUCCCCAAUAUUAAUGGUUCUUUCCGUAGCCUUUUGGCAGCUGAAGAGGGCCAUCUACCAGAGCCUCCACGACGACACCCCAACAAUCCGCCUUUCCGGUCACCUGCUGACUCUACAAUUCCUAUCCAUCACCAGCGAGCAAUGCCUUCAGAAAUGUACGGACAGAAUUCCACUACUCCCCAAAUGCGAGGGGCGCCUCCACCAAAUGCCAUGACAGGCCUUGUACCACUCACGUAUGACCCCCGCCAUCAUCACCACUACCUGUCUCUUGCGACUGAACCUCUGAUCCAACGCAGAUCAUCAUCUCACCUCACUCAAAACACCCCUUCCGGCCCAACUUCGUCAUCCACUCCCGAAAUCAGAAUGAUCUUGAUUCGUGCAACUCGAGAGUAUAUUGAUGCUCUGAUGGAACACAAGAGAGAAUGUCCAGCGUGCCAGCUAGAGUUUGAAGUAGACAACUUCACCGCUCGCGUGACUUGCUGCGACACCUCAAUCCAUGUCGCCUGCCUUUCAGCGUGGGUGAACUCGGCUACCUAUGCUAAAAGCAGAACCUGUAUGAAAUGUCGAAGGGCCAUCGAUGCCAAACGGAGCUUGAACAGCAUCAUCCCCCCUGUCACAGACGAAUUGUGGGAUAAAGGCAUCGAUUUCAAUGUGCCCCCAAAUGUCAAAUUGGAGCAAGAGAUUGUCUUGAACAUCAAUGCACGUCCUGACCGUUCAAUGCGACGACCAAGACUAUCGGGCUGGGGAAGGCAUUCUUCGGCACUCCUGGCAAAUGCAGAUCACAUCACCAGCAUGAGUGUUGAAGCACGACAAGCUAUUUCAAAUUUGAGACGAGAGCAAGUCGCAGCACAAGAAGGGAAGGCUCGACUUCUUGGUACCGCCCAAGCUGAACUCAAUCUCGCCAUUGAUGACGAUCGCGAUGCCAGCUCCCAAUUGAUGCAAGCCCAACUACAACUCGGUCGUGGUGAAAUGGUCGACUUGACCCCAUUGAUACAAAAGUGCGAGGAAACCGGCAGAGCCAUGGCCAGAGCAAACUCGAACUAUCAUGCCGUCCAAAAGGAUAUUGAAGCCACAAUCAUCAGUCAUUCACACAGACUACAGGCCAUGAUGCAGGAUGCAAUGCUGGAGUCUCUGCGCCGUGACACACGCCGCGACGAGCGCAGGAGAGCAGCAGUGAUGGACAAUGUUACUCUUGCGAAUUCCUUUCACGUCCGGAGACACGAGUCUCGCAGUUUCUCUUCAUCCUCUUCGGACGGCGACUGAAAAGAGGUUCAGGCAAAUGGACCGCUACGGAUCGGACUAUCUUUCACAUUAUCGAAUUCUCAGACUUCCCAGUGAGAACUCUGACGAGAGAACUCAGGCUACUAGGGAGUGGUUAAGACGGCUGUUUCCAAACUAACUCAUGGACGAAGGACAUUGAUUUGAUGAAACAACCAUGCUCCUCGGCGAGAUGCCGGUCAACGAAAGAAUGCGACGGUGGGGUGUGAUGUGCCCAGCAGGCCAUUGUGGGAGGCUGGAACUUGAAUUGGGACGCAAUUGUCCUUCCUAACAUGAUUUCACUGGCGUUUAGGUUCCGAGCUACCGAUCAUGCUCGGCUGAAGCACAUAUCGGCUUUUCCCUCUUGCUUUGGCACUAAUAUCGGGUUUUGUCCUCGACCAACAAGCUAAGGCAGGAAGGGGAGAACAUGCAGCCUCCUUUCCCAACUCAUUUUCGACGAUUGAUUUUUCGCACUUGUUCCACUCCUGGCUUUCGCCCUCACCCCGCAUAAAUGAUGGACUGGAGAAGUUCAUGGUUGGACAAAGGAAACGGGGCAUACCGCGAGGACAAGUUUAACGGACCAAGCAAUAGUGAUAUGGAUGUGUAUAACGGGCGUUUCACAAGUCAGAGAUACAAGUCAGACAGACUGAUGGCCCAGCCCAGAGGGACUAUUGAUGCUAAAUGGUGUUAUUCAGGUAUUCAGGUAGCUUGGUAGUCAUGCAAGUCAUUUCACACACUUUGAUUCCUGUCUUAAAGGAAGAGAUGGGGAUCAGGUGAGCUCCAGACUUGUUUACUACUAACAGAUG